AUGAUCUGCAAGGUCUUGCUGCUGCUGCUGCCAGGCAGCCUGUGCAUGAGACAGACGCAUGAAGUGCAGACAGGAGGAGUCCAGGUGACAGACAACUGGGUGCACCCCAUGGAUCUCACGGACUUCUUCGUGCUGCACUGGAAGGAGAUUCCUGUUACCAUGUCGAAGGAGUUCAGGAUCGAAGGAGAUCUCUGGAGCAUGAAGGAGCUGCUGAUGUCAAG